ACGUUAACGCGUUCUGGUGCGACAGGGCUUCGUUGUUCUACUGAAAGCUAUUGUUUGUACCGAGCUAGCUUUGUCCUUCGCAGUAACAGCUCUGGUGGUGUUGCUGAUAUAUUUACACAAAUCGUUGUGGAAUAUGGCUCAGCAUGGACAUCAUGUAGCCAGUUCCCAAAAAGCACUAAUGCUGGAGAUGAAAAGUCUCCAAGAUGAGCCGGUCGAAGGGUUCAAAAUAACUUUGGUGGACGAGUCGGACAUGUACAACUGGGAAGUAGCGAUAUUCGGACCCCCAAAUACUCACUACGAGGGUGGUUAUUUUAAGGCUCGGAUCAAGUUCCCUGUCGACUACCCAUACUCUCCACCUGCUUUCCGCUUCCUCACCAAAAUGUGGCACCCCAACAUUUAUGAGAACGGGGAUGUGUGUAUCUCUAUCCUGCACCCACCAGUGGACGACCCACAGAGCGGUGAGCUGCCGUCAGAGAGGUGGAACCCCACACAGAACGUCAGGACCAUUCUGCUCAGCGUGAUCUCUCUACUGAACGAGCCCAACACCUUCUCCCCGGCCAACGUGGACGCGUCCGUCAUGUACCGCAAGUGGAGGGACAGCAAGGGCAAGGACAGAGAAUACAUCGAAAUCAUCAGGAAGCAGGUGCUGGCUACCAAAGCUGACGCAGAGCGGGACGGCGUCAAGGUUCCAAUCACGUUGGACGAGUAUUGCGUACGCACCCAAGUCCCACCCACAGACGACGGCUCCAACCUCUUAUACGACGACUACUACGACGACGAAGAGCUGGAGGACGACGAUGAGGAUGACAACGAGGACUGUUGCUAUGACGAUGACGACUCGGGCACCGAGGAUUCCUGACCUUGCCACCCCGUGACGUCACCCCCAACCCCCCUUCCUUAUUCACCAGUCCUAGCCCCCUCCACCCCCCAC